AUGUGGAGAGUCCGGAAAAAGGGCUACUUUGGGAUUUGGUCAUUCCCCUUAAUAAUCGCGGCUGUCUGUGCUCAAAGUGUCAAUGACCCUAGUAAUAUGUCGCUGGUUAAAGAGACGGUGGAUAGACUCCUGAAAGGCUAUGAUAUUCGGCUGAGACCAGAUUUUGGAGGUCCCCCCGUGGCUGUGGGAAUGAACAUUGACAUCGCCAGCAUCGAUAUGGUUUCAGAAGUCAAUAUGGAUUAUACCUUGACAAUGUACUUCCAGCAAGCUUGGAGAGAUAAGAGGCUGUCCUAUAAUGUAAUACCUUUAAACCUGACUCUGGACAAUAGAGUGGCAGACCAGCUCUGGGUGCCGGAUACCUACUUCCUGAAUGAUAAGAAGUCGUUUGUGCACGGAGUGACCGUCAAGAACCGCAUGAUCCGCCUGCAUCCAGAUGGGACGGUCCUUUACGGCCUCAGAAUCACAACCACAGCUGCCUGCAUGAUGGACCUGAGGCGGUACCCACUGGAUGAGCAAAACUGCACCUUGGAAAUUGAAAGCUAUGGAUAUACAACUGACGACAUUGAGUUUUACUGGCGUGGGGAUGAUAAUGCAGUGACAGGAGUUACCAAGAUUGAACUCCCGCAGUUCUCUAUUGUAGAUUACAAACUGAUCACCAAGAAGGUUGUUUUUUCCACAGGUUCCUAUCCCAGGUUGUCCCUCAGCUUUAAGCUGAAGAGAAACAUUGGUUACUUUAUCCUGCAAACAUAUAUGCCGUCUAUCUUGAUCACUAUCCUCUCCUGGGUCUCCUUCUGGAUUAAUUACGACGCUUCAGCUGCAAGAGUGGCAUUAGGAAUUACAACUGUGCUGACAAUGACCACUAUCAAUACCCACCUCCGGGAAACUCUCCCUAAAAUCCCUUAUGUGAAGGCCAUUGACAUGUACCUGAUGGGGUGCUUUGUCUUUGUUUUCAUGGCCCUUCUGGAAUAUGCUUUGGUCAACUACAUCUUUUUUGGGAGGGGACCUCAACGCCAGAAGAAAGCAGCUGAAAAGGCUGCCAGUGCCAACAAUGAGAAGAUGCGCCUGGAUGUCAACAAGAUUUUUUAUAAAGAUAUUAAACAAAAUGGGACCCAAUAUCGAUCCUUGUGGGACCCAACUGGAAACCUCUCCCCAACUAGACGGACUACCAAUUACGAUUUCUCUCUGUAUACGAUGGACCCCCAUGAGAACAUCUUACUGAGCACUCUUGAGAUAAAAAAUGAAAUGGCCACCUCUGAGGCUGUGAUGGGACUUGGAGACCCCAGGAGCACAAUGCUGGCCUAUGAUGCCUCCAGCAUCCAGUAUCGGAAAGCCGGGUUGCCCAGGCACAGUUUUGGCCGAAAUGCUCUGGAACGGCACGUGGCACAGAAGAAGAGCCGCCUGCGGAGACGUGCCUCCCAACUGAAAAUCACCAUCCCCGACUUGACUGAUGUGAAUGCCAUAGAUCGGUGGUCCCGCAUAUUCUUUCCAGUGGUUUUUUCCUUCUUCAACAUCGUCUAUUGGCUUUAUUAUGUGAACUAA